AGUAGUUAAUGCUAAUCAUCUCAAUAAAAUUACAUUAGUGAGCCUCCUCCCCUACUACCAGGCUACUACUGCCGCUUCCUCUUGCGACUCACAAAGAAAAAUGCCAUCAAUAGCAGCUAGAUUGCUCGGUGGUUAGGAAGCUAGUUAAGCUAGCUAGAUUUUCCCUCUCUCAUCCAUCGUCUCUAACCUCUCCACACGAACCCGUCGAUCAAGCAGACGCAAGCUGCUGCGAGCUGCCGGCUUGCAAUGGGGCACCACUACCAGCUGUUCGUGGACCCGUUCGCGAGGAGCAUGUCGUCGCUGGAGCCGGACAUCUUCUCCGGCACCGGCCUCCAUCAUCACCUCGCGCCGUCCACGCAGUGGCUGGGCCUCGGAAACCACGGCAUCCCAGUGGCGCCGACCGCCAACAACGGCACCUCCUCGGGCGGCGACGGCGACGGCUCGGGCUCCCAUCGCAAGAUCAGUCACAACGCCUACGAGCGAGACCGACGCAAGGAGCUCAACGAGCUCUACUCCGACCUCCGCUCCCUCCUCCCCCAAGACGAUCGCACCAAGAAGCUGAGCAUUCCAAUCACGGUGUCACGGGUGCUCAAGUACAUCCCGGAGCUGCAGAAGCAGGUGGAAGGCCUGGAGAACAAGAAGGAGGAGCUGACACGGGCCAGCUGCAAGCCAGGAGUGCUGACCAUGAGGGAGAACACGGCUCCGAUUGUGUCCGCCACCUGCAUCGACGACAGGGAUAUCAUGGUCCAGGUCAGCCUGGUGAGCACUAUGGCUGGAGAUCUGCCCAUGUCCAAGUGCAUCAACGUGCUGGAGAAUGAAGGUCUUCGCCUCAUCAGCUCGUCCACUUCCGCAUUCCAGAACAGGACGUUCUACAGCCUUCAUCUUCAGAGAACCCAACGAACGAUGAGCAAGGAGUGUCCAGCAUUUUGUGAAGAACUGGAGAACGUCAUGAAGCAAAAGGCAGGACUGCGUCUACAUCACUAGUAGAUUGUAGCACAAUAAUGGCGUAUAUUAUCAUACAUGUUUAACCAUGAACCAAAAUGUAUGUUGUAUAUAUAAGAAAAUGAUCGAAGAUAAAUAGUAUUGAUGCAUGCAUGAUAUAUAACUA